UUAUCUUUAGUUCUGUAGGCCAUUGCCUGUUCCUCUAUCUUUAAUCACCUCAUCUUUAAUUUGAAUCGCAAAUCUCUUGACAAAAGUGCUUAGAAUUUUCCUCAUUGGUUUGUUCUUCUUUUUAUCUCUGGUACUAGAAUUCUUAGUCCCAACGAUUCCUUCUUACUUUACUUAAAAAAAAGAACAAAGAAAAGAAGAAGAUUGUUUUCUUACAGAAGAAGAAAGUUUUCUUACUAGCAAGUUCAAAAUCUUUGCAAAUCCAACACUGCUUUGAUUCUGAAAACUGGUGAUCAGAUCAGUACAAUCUCACUGUAUUCUCUCCUGCACACUGCUUGAUCUGUCUUGUUUCACAGGCAAGUGGGAUUUUUGCUCCAAGAAAGAGUUUGCCAGUCUGGACUAGUGGAUUGAUUUACUUGUUUCUGUAAUAUGGCUUCUCUUUCUCGAUCUUCUGCACCUGGCAGCUUUGAGUAUGAUGUCUUUCUUAGUUUUAGAGGGCCGGACACCCGCAAGACUUUUACCAGGCAACUUCAUGAGGCUUUAGUCAGGAAACAAAUCAAUACCUUCAUAGAUGACGAAAUUGAGCGUGGAGAGGAAAUUGAACCAACCCUUCUCCAAGCAAUAGAGAAAUCAAAACUUUCCGUAGUCAUUUUGUCACAAGGCUAUGCUUCUUCCACAUCGUGCUUGGAUGAACUUGCUCACAUAUUUGAAUGCAAGAAAAGAUGCCAACAAUCGGUUUUACCCAUUUUUUAUCGGGUAGAUCCAUCACAAGUAAGAGAUCAGAGGGAGAGUUAUGCAGAUGCAUUUGUUCAGCAUGAAGUACAUUUCAAGGACACGCCAGACAAGGUGCGCAAGUGGAGGGAUGCUUUAACCAAAGCUUCCAAACUAGCUGGGUUUGUUUCGCGCAACAUUGGCCCCGAUUCCAAAUUAGUUGUGGAAGUUGUGAGAGAUAUUGUGUGGAAGUUGAGCCGCAAAUGCAUUGCCCCACAAGAUGUUGGAGAAGAUGACUGCUUCAAGUGUGGUGGGAUAGGGCAUUGGGCCAAACACUGCCCUUCAGCAGGUGAAUGUUUCAAGUGUGGUGGGUUAGGACAUUGGGUCCAACACUGCCCUUCACGCUUUAGCAGUGAUGAAGAUAUGUAGGGAUAGAUCUACAUACAAGCUUGGUUGGCCUUCGCUUACCAUGGGCUUGCAAUCUUGGUAUUACUUAAAAUACUAAUACCAAGCCCACCUAAUUUUGAAUUGCAUAAGUUGCAAUCCUUUAGUCAUUUUUUCCUCUUACUUCCUAUUUUCUUGAUUUCUUCUAAAUGUUUUUUUCUUCUUUCUCCCAAUACCUACUGGACCCGAAGUUUGAUAUUGGGGUUCCCUCGUGUGUGGUUUUGGAUCUAUUUGGUCUUUAAGGCCUCCCUUGUGUGUGGAUUUGGAUCUGUUUGGUUUUUAUGUUUGUAUUUUUUGUUUUAUCUUUGGGUUUGCAUUCUUUUGUAAGAUGUUAGGUCAUUAUUUUA